AUGGCUUGUCGUUUCCCUCUGCAUUCGUCGCCACACUCUCAAUUCCUUUCGCCGGAAAAACAUCAAAGAAUCCUGAGAUUGCCCAGAUAUUACCCCUCAAUUUCAUGCCAAAACAAUUCAUCUACGAACGAUGCUCACGAUGACGGUGGCGAUAACGAAAAAGCCAAGGGAAGCCAAGUCAAUCUUCUCGCCAUACCCAUCACACUCACUGUAAUCUCCGCUUCCCUUGCCCAACCGUCGCUUGCGGCGGCGGCGAAAGUAUCGGAGAGAAAGAAAACACAGAAGAAACCUCAGGAAGCGUUGACACUCGAACAGCUAAAAGCUUGGUCCAAAGAUCUUCCUGUAGUUUCGAACCGUAUACCUUAUACGGACAUUUUGAGCUUAAAGGCUGAAGGUAAGCUCAAGCAUGUGAUAAAGCCUUCAGGUUUAAGUUUGAGGCAACAGGCAGAGCCUGUGUUAGUAGUUUUGGAGGAUUCUCAGGUACUGAGGACUGUGUUGCCUUCUUUAGAAGGGAACAAGAGGUUUUGGGAACAAUGGGAUGAGUUAGGGAUCGAUGUAGCGUGUGUCAAUGCCUAUAGUCCUCCGGUCAAGAUACCUCCUGUGCCGACUCCUUAUCUAGGGUUCUUAUGGAAAGUGCCUGAUUUUAUGCUUACAUUGGUUAAGCCAAAGAAGGUGUCGAAACGUGCUGCUGAGUUGAAGAAGAUGAGGGAGGAUUUCAAGAGGCAGAGGAAGGAGGAGAUAGAGAGGGAUAAAGAGCAGAGAGAGAUGAUGGAGAAGACAAUGAAGGCGCAGAAGAAACAGCAGGAGAGGAAGCAAAGGAAGGCGCUUAGGAAGAAGAAGUACGAAGAGUCUCUGCGUGAGGCGAGGAGGAAUUACCGAGAUAUGGCGGAUAUGUGGGCAAGGCUGGCUCAGGAUUCUAAUGUGGCUACAGCUCUUGGGUUGGUGUUCUUUUAUAUAUUCUAUCGUGUGGUGGUGCUCAACUAUAGGAAGCAGAAGAAGGACUAUGAAGACAGGUUGAAGAUCGAGAAGGCGGAAGCAGAUGAGAGGAAGAAAAUGAGGGAGUUAGAGAGGGAGAUGGAGGGAAUUGAGGAAGAUGAUGAGGAGGUUGAGGAAGGAACGGGUGAGAAAAAUCCAUACCUACAGAAGGCAAUGCAGUUCAUGAAGUCAGGCGCACGUGUGAGAAGAGCAUCGAAUAAGAGGCUACCUGAGUAUCUGGAGAGAGGUGUGGAUGUGAAAUUUACAGAUGUUGCUGGACUUGGGAAGAUUCGCCUUGAACUCGAGGAAAUCGUUAAGUUCUUUACUCAUGGAGAGAUGUACCGCAGGAGAGGAGUCAAGAUUCCAGGUGGUAUUCUUUUAUGUGGACCUCCUGGGGUGGGUAAAACUUUACUGGCAAAAGCUGUAGCUGGUGAAGCAGGAGUGAAUUUCUUCUCUAUCUCUGCGUCUCAGUUUGUGGAAAUAUAUGUUGGUGUCGGUGCAUCUCGUGUCCGAGCAUUGUACCAGGAAGCUAGAGACAAUGCUCCAUCUGUGGUCUUCAUCGAUGAAUUGGAUGCUGUUGGAAGGGAGCGUGGGUUGAUAAAGGGCUCUGGAGGACAAGAAAGGGAUGCUACUCUUAAUCAGGUUCAUGCUCGUAAGAAGCCGAUGGCUGAAGAUUUGGACUAUAUGGCAGUUGCUAGCAUGACAGAUGGCAUGGUUGGAGCAGAGCUUGCUAAUAUCGUUGAGAUAGCGGCAAUAAAUAUGAUGCGUGAUGGAAGGACAGAGUUAACAACAGAUGAUUUGCUUCAAGCUGCACAAAUAGAAGAAAGAGGAAUGUUAGAUAGAAAAGAUAGGAGCUCUGAGACAUGGCGACAAGUUGCAAUAAACGAGGCUGCUAUGGCUGUUGUGGCAGUGAACUUUCCUGAUCUGAAAAAUAUAGAAUUUCUGACAAUCAACCCUAGAGCUGGUAGAGAAUUGGGAUAUGUCAGGGUGAAGAUGGAUCAUAUCAAAUUUAAGGAAGGCAUGCUUAGCCGACAAUCCCUCUUGGAUCACAUAACUGUUCAGUUAGCACCUCGGGCUGCAGAUGAACUAUGGUUCGGUGAGGAUCGGUUAAGUACGAUAUGGGCUGAAACAUCGGAUAAUGCAAGGUCAGCUGCUAGAUCAUUGGUUCUUGGUGGUCUUUCUGAGAAGCAUCAUGGCUUGAAUAACUUCUGGGUAGCAGAUCGAAUUAACGAUAUUGAUGUGGAGGCGUUGCGGAUAUUGAACAUGUGUUAUGAGCGUGCUAAAGAGAUUCUUCAAAGGAACAGGACGCUCAUGGACGAGGUGGUAGAGAAACUGGUUCAGAAGAAGAGUCUUUCGAAACAAGAGUUCUUCACUCUUGUUGAGCUCUAUGGCUCCAUUAAACCAGUUCCACCAAGCAUCCUUGAACUCCGGAAAAUCAAACGGCUCCAGCUCGAAGAGACCGUGAUGAAACUGGACAUGACUACCGCAAGAAACAGUUCUUGA